AUGUGCCCUGUCAUUUGUCCAAUAGCAUGUUUCACAUUCAUCGCCUUUCGUGUAGAUCUGAUUUAUGGAGCUCGAGCAGCUCGGGUUGAUCGAGGUUUGACGGAUGGCCAUGCCGAAGUGAACUACCAGGCUGGCCGGCAUGCAUUGGACCUGGACCACAAGGGCCGGCACGCAGAAGUGAACCACGAGGUCACCGCAUUGGUGGAACGUGCUUGCCCUAAGCUCAAGAAGCAGCUGGAAGCACUGGGGUUUCGUGGCAAAGGGAAUCCAUGCAGAUGGAAAGGCAUUCAAUGCCGACGACGCUGCGCAGCAACAAAAAUCGAGUUGAGAAAUGACAAGACUCUAGCGGGGAACAUUGCUGCGCUGCAAGACGUGAAGAGCCUCCAAAACUUGCGUCUCUCCGGCACCCAGGUGAGUGGUGACCUCGCAGCAUUCCGCAAGCUGAAGCAUUUGGAGGAGCUGCGCUUGGGCAGCACGCGCGUCACUGGCGACGUCGCGGCGCUCCAAAACCUCAAGCGCCUCCGAGUGGUACAGCUCCGUCGUACGAAGGUGACGGGAAACAUGACCGUGUUGAAAGAUUUGCGCGAACUGCGGGAGCUGCACCUGCAUAACACGAGAGUGGUAGGAGACCUCUCAGGCAUCGUGCAUGCCGAACACCUGAAGAUCCUUCACCUGCGCCACACGCAGAUACAAGGAGAUAUCAUGGACCUCCAGGAUCUGAGAUGGCUCAGGAAGUUGUGGUUGUGCAAGACCAGCGUGAGAGGAAGCAUCAAGGCUGUCCAAAACCUGAAGUAUCUCACGCAGCUGAGCCUGGUCGAUACCAAGGUGGACGGAGACUUAACAGCGGUCCAAGAUCUGAACAAUCUCUUCGUUCUGUCGCUGAGCAACACCAAUGUGGAGGGAGACCUUAGAUCAAUCAGAAAUCUUGGAAAGCUUCAAGAGCUGAAGCUGACCAACACCAAAGUGGAAGGCAGCAUUGCAGCGCUGCAGGACCUCACGAGCCUCAAGACAUUGAGCUUGGGAAACACCAGGGUCACGGGAGAGAUCGCUGUGGUGAUGCAGUUGGACCACUUGGAGCUGUUGGAUUUGGCCGGGACGGCCGUGACGGGCUGGAUCAGUGCCAUAUGGAACGGUUGCUGCAAGAAGCUUCGGAAGGUCAACUUGGCAGGCACGGCUUCAGGGCCUCUGCUAGCUUUGGAAGGCACUCCAGAAUUCUUCGGUGCAAAACCUUUGUUGCCAGCUUUGCAGAUUCUCAAUGUGAGUGGCUGCCAGCUCAACGGUUCGUUGGCAGAUUUGCUUGUGCCUUUGGCCGACACACCCGCGACCUCGAUCGCAGCCUCUGGCUGUGGGCUUAGUGGUGCCGUGCCAAACCUGAUAGAAAUGUCUGUCCGAUUGAAUGGAAUCGCCUACGCAAGUUUUCGCACAAAACUGGCACAGUCCAUCCAAACCCUUGAUAUUUCGGCAAAUCGGCUGAGCUCCAUAGCCUCACUGCCCGCAGCUUUGCGCGUGGACCUCCGGCAGAAUGCAGUGCCUCUCAAAGUGAAGCCAUACACGCUGCAAGAAGCUGUGCAACGUGGCAUUGAGCUUUGGCUCGAUGGCACCGCCCUGCAAAACCCUGAGGAUUUGCAAUACCUGGUGAAUCAUGUGCUGCGCCUGCGGCCUGAGUUCGCAAAGAGCCGGUGGAGCUUUGCCUGCAGAGAGCUGGUGGAGCCCACCCUCCGGGUCACGCCUCACAUCUUUAUGCCGGAAGAGAUGUGUGCCUGUCAAGCAGGUUUCCAUGGCUUUGCUGCCGACUGCUCGCCGUGCCCUAGCGACACGUACAGCACAGAACCAAACUCGCCCAGUUGCCAGAAAUGCCCACUGAACAGUACCUCCAAGAACACAUCAGGGUCCUGGCAGCUUUGCCAAUGUGCUUUUGGUUCAAUUCACCAGGAUGUGAACGGCUUGAGCUGCCAAUGCCCGGCCGGUGAGGCGUUGGUGGAUACCCCGGGCUUCGAACGCUGUGAGCCAUGCCAUAAGCUUUGCCUUACGUGCCCAAGAGCUGGCAGCAAUGCUUCAAGCGCCCAAGUGGUCGAAGGGCAUAGGCGCCUGCAGCCGAACUCGCAUGAGGUAUUUGCUUGCUUGGAUUCUUCCCGGUGCAAAGCUGACGGCUGCGCAGCAGGCUAUGAUGGAGUUCUGUGCUCGGAUUGUGCCGUUCGGCACCACAGUAGCCAUAGGCAGUGCAAACCGUGCGCGGAGAUUCACAACAUGUCUGCCAAGCGGAUGGUCACAUUGGCACUAUGCAGUGCUGGCGUGCUAGUGGUUUUGGGCGCAGCUAUGUGGACAAUGAGGCGGAGAUUUCUGGAGGUGGAGGUGGGUCUCAGGUGGAGAUGUGCAGCGAAGCUGCUGGUGCCGCAGCUUGCUAUCCUCCUUCAGCUGAUGCAGCUGUGGUCCGUGGUGGGACGCUUGGAACAAGUCUGGGACGACUCGAGUGGAAAUGCGACAGAGGACGUUGGCGGAAACGACACGGAGGUCCAAACCGGCAGCGACGCGCUGGUGUCCUACGUUGAAGCUCUUCAGUUCACCGCAAGCGAACUACAAGAUGUUUUUGCUCUGCAGUGCAUUUUCGAUGGUGCCUUGGUGCGUUUGGCAUCCGCCAUAGCGACACCAGUGGUUCCUUUGAUCCUGCUACUUGCUUGCUGCAUCGUCGAGAUCUUCUCUGAGGGGACCGGGAUCCAAAUCGGAUUGAAGAUCCUGACAGUGCUAUUCAUCGGUGGGGCCGCUGGCACCGCUGAGCUGUUGGCAUGCGAACGGAUGGAUGGCACAGGCAAAGCGGCACUGAACGCAUUCGCCUUUCGUCCGUUGAUGCCUCACCUCCUGUGCACAGACGCAAGCUGGGUCGAUGGGAUCGGCCGUGCGUGCGCGGUGUUCUACGGAAUGGUGAUUCCAUGUUUCCUGGCGUAUCUGUUUGCCAAGCAGCACGUCGUAAUGCGUCAGAGCAAGACCUUCGUGGUCUGGGUUGAUGGCGACACAAAGGAGGCAACGCUGCAUCUACAGGUGCUCAGCAACGAAGAACACCUGAAGGACCAUGUCAAACAGAAACGCUUGGCAGCAGCUGCUGCAGCCUACAUUGCAGUACGCGCCAAGAAACGAGCACGAGUGAGUUUGAAGAAGGGUGUAGAUGCAGUGACUGUGCAGAUCUUGCAAAAUGAAGACAGUGCUGAUGACAUUUUUGACACAAGUUUCACAGUCGAUGAUUUGGUGAGCCAAGAUGCGGCCAUGCUGCGCAGCCGCGCAGAAAUCCUGCGCUACAAUGCCAUGGUACAAAUGUUGGUAGAGCGCACGGUCCUCGCAGAUAUCCAAUCCAACCAGUCAGAUCGCAUCAUGAUGGGAGCAAGGGAACUGCUAUGCAAGUACGUCAACUGCGGAUUUGUUUGGAUCGAAGUUUGCUUGAAGUUGGCCUCAGCAACUUUGGUCUCAGUCGUCGCUUCCAAGGAUGGAUUUUGGCUGUCGGUCGCCAUCACCCUGGGGAUGGCGUUGGUAGUUGGCCUGGCUCAGCCCUUCAUGCAGCCGCAGCUGAAUGCGCUGCAAACAUGCUGCUUCCUAUGUCUCUCCUUGGCAGCGCUGGGUUUCCAAGUUCGCCGCGUCUGGUGGCUGUCGCGUGUGGCGUUGGGGCUGCCGGUGCUACUGUUGUUGCUGCUGCUGCUGCGGCCCGAUUCCAAAGAAGCCAUGGCUGUGAGGCUGCAGGAGGAAUUGGAAACGAAACUUCCAGAAGGACCUGUGGAGGUUUCGGCCGAACAGGUGCGCUUCGUGUGAUCAGGUUGGUACUAGACUUCGGCUGGGCUGCUCUUCGGCUGGGCUGCUCUUCGGCUGGGCUGCUGCCAACCUGUUUCGAGCUCCGCAUUCUGUUCUGAGAGGAAAAAUCGGAGCCAGCGGCUCUGAAGACGCCGAAGAUACCAUCAACUUCCGCCCGCACCUAACGAUCUUUUCUCUAGCAACCUAGCAGUCUAGCGCGUAGUGACGUGGAUUCUGCCGGAAUGCGGCAUGGUGGAUUUGGAAGGAUGUGAC